UCUGAAGACCACUGGUAGUCGGUCUAGAACUCUCUAGCUUUCGACGUUCGUCGGAAAAUCUAAACGCUCUCUCCGACCACCGCCUCUCUCUCUCUCUCUCUCUCUCUCUCUGAAUUUGUCCCUGAGUGGACGAAAAUCGUGAAGCUGAACUGAGAGACUGAUAAGAGGGUGAGUGAAAGCCGCCAUUUUUUGCUAUUAAACCAUGUAUAACAAGUUCUAAGACGUAUAUACCUUAAUGAUGGCCACUUCAGAAGCGUUUCUACGAGGUAUAUCAUGCUCGUUUCCUUGCAUCUUCAGUUCUCAUUCAUAUUUUGGGAGGUCAAAUGCUUUUUCUUUUCAAGGCAGUGUAAUCAGCAGAAGGACGGGAGUUUAUUGUUUUAGUACCAAGCAAUCUUGUUCUAGAACAAUAAAGAAUCUUGGGAAGAGUUUUGUUGAACUCUCUAGGGGUGUCAAUGGUGGAUGGGGUCCUAACGCUUUGAAAACUCGUUUUGAUCAUUUGAGUUGUAAAUGUGAGCAGGCUGAAAACGUUAGAGAGUUAAGUUUUGGUGAUGAAAAGGGUACACAGAUCCAUGGCACAGAUGACAUUUGGAGCAAUAAUCAGAAGGCUGAACUUGUUCAGCAGCUGGGUUAUGAAAAUGGGAAUCUUUCAUCCCUGGGAAAGGUUGAGAAAGAGGAAAAUGUUGAUUCCAUCGAAGAUGAAGCAUGGAAGUUGCUGCGAGAAUCAGUUGUAAACUAUUGUGGAAACCCGAUUGGAACAAUUGCUGCUAAUGACCCUGCAGAUUCUAGUAUCAUGAAUUAUGAUCAAGUUUUCAUUCGUGACUUCAUACCAUCAGGAGUUGCUUUCCUUUUGAAGGGAGAAUAUGAUAUUGUUAGAAAUUUCAUCCUUUAUACCCUUCAGCUACAGAGCUGGGAGAAAACCAUGGACUGCCAUAGUCCUGGUCAAGGGUUGAUGCCUGCUAGCUUUAAAGUACGUACAGUGCCACUGGAUGGAGAUGAUUCUGCCACAGAAGAAGUCUUGGAUCCGGACUUUGGUGAGGCAGCAAUCGGCCGCGUUGCUCCAGUUGAUUCGGGUCUAUGGUGGAUUAUAUUGUUGCGAGCGUAUGGCAAAGUUACUGGAGAUCUUUCAGUUCAGGAGAGGGUUGAUGUGCAAACUGGUAUCAAGAUGAUCUUAAAGCUUUGCCUUGCUGAUGGUUUUGAUAUGUUCCCUACAUUACUAGUGACAGAUGGUUCAUGUAUGAUUGAUCGACGAAUGGGAAUCCAUGGCCACCCUCUUGAAAUUCAGGCAUUGUUCUAUUCUGCUUUACUUUGUGCUCGUGAGAUGCUUGCCCCCGAGGAUGGUUCGGCUGACUUAAUCAGGGCACUUAACAAUCGUCUGGUGGCGCUGUCAUUUCACAUAAGAGAGUAUUACUGGAUUGAUAUGAGAAAGGUCAAUGAAAUAUAUCGGUACAAGACAGAGGAAUAUUCGUACGAUGCGGUUAACAAAUUCAAUAUUUACCCAGAUCAGAUCCCACCUUGGCUAGUGGAAUGGAUGCCUACUACCGGAGGCUAUCUGAUUGGAAACUUACAGCCAGCUCAUAUGGACUUCCGUUUCUUUGCUUUGGGAAACUUGUGGUCUGUAAUAAGCAGUCUUACGACCGUGGAUCAGUCCCAUGCUAUACUGGAUCUUAUUGAAGCAAAAUGGUCAGACCUGGUCGCUGAUAUGCCUUUCAAGAUAUGUUAUCCUGCUCUUGAAGAACAGGAAUGGCGUAUCAUUACUGGAAGUGAUCCCAAGAACACUCCAUGGUCCUAUCAUAAUGGUGGUUCCUGGCCAACUCUUCUUUGGCAGCUGACGGUGGCCUGCAUAAAAAUGAACCGUCCAGAGAUUGCUGAAAAGGCUGUAGCUAUAGCAGAGAAGCGGCUGCGUAGAGAUAAGUGGCCGGAAUAUUAUGACACAAAGCGGGGCAGACUUAUUGGGAAACAAGCACAUCUCUUCCAGACAUGGUCAAUUGCAGGGUAUCUAGUGGCAAAGCACCUCCUUGCCAACCCAGCUUCGGCUAAGAUCCUGGUUAACCCAGAGGAUUCGGAGCUGGUCAAUGCCUUUUCUUGCAUGCUCAGUGCCAGCCCAAGGAAGAAACGCGGCCAAAAAGCAGCGCCAAACCAGAGCUUCAUCGUAUAAUUCUCUGUUUUCGACCCAUAGUAAGCAACUCCAUAUAUUAACCCCAUAAUAGAACAUAAUAAACAUAUUAAUUACAAAUUUCAACUGCUGUGUAUAAACAAUCAAUCCUCUUGGCUCUAGAUUUGAUCGAGAAUAUAAAUGUAUGGCGUGUCCACUUUGACUUACACUGUUAUAUUCAUACGUGAUAA